UUGCGGCGGAGCGGAAAAGGCGGAGUUUGAGCCAAAAUGAGGGAAAAUAAGAACAUGUCCGAGUCCCCUUCUCAAGCGGGAAAAGAAAUACCGGCGAAAAAACAAAAACUAAGCAGUGACGAGAACAGUAACCCCGAUUUAUCAGGAGACGAGAAUGAUGAUGCUGUCAGUGUUGAGAGCGGGACCAACGCAGAGCGCCCAGACACACCCACCAACACCGCCAACGCCCCGGGCAGAAAGAGCUGGGGCAAGGGCAAGUGGAAGUCCAAGAAGUGCAGAUACUCUUUUAAAUGUGUCAACAGUCUAAGGGAAGACCAUGGCCAGCCGCUGUUCGGAGUCCAGUUUAACUGGCACAGUAAGGAGGGAGACCCGCUGGUGUUCGCCACAGUCGGGAGUAACAGAGUAACUUUGUAUGAAUGUCACUCUCAGGGAGAAAUAAGACUCCUGCAGUCUUAUGUCGAUGCAGAUGCUGAUGAGAACUUUUACACGUGUGCCUGGACCUACGACACCAACACGAGUCAUCCCCUGCUGGCUGUAGCCGGAUCCCGCGGUAUUAUCAGGGUGAUCAACCACAUCACAAUGCAGUGCAUCAAGCACUAUGUAGGUCAUGGAAAUGCCAUCAAUGAGCUCAAGUUUCACCCGAGGGAUCCCAAUCUCCUCCUGUCUGUCAGCAAAGAUCAUGCCCUUCGUCUAUGGAACAUACAGACAGACACAUUAGUGGCGAUAUUUGGUGGCGUGGAAGGUCAUCGAGAUGAAGUCCUGAGCGCCGAUUUUGAUCUGCUGGGUGAAAAGAUUAUGUCAUGUGGGAUGGACCACUCCCUCAAACUGUGGCGGAUCAAUUCAGAGAGGAUGCAGAAAGCCAUUCGUGGAUCUUAUGAGUACAACCCCUCAAAGACCAAUAGGCCUUUUGUCUCACAGAAAAUUCAUUUCCCCGACUUCUCAACACGAGACAUCCACAGAAACUAUGUGGACUGUGUGCGGUGGCUCGGAGAUCUUAUUCUUUCCAAGUCCUGUGAAAAUGCCAUAGUGUGCUGGAAGCCAGGAAAGAUGGAGGACGACAUCGAUCACAUUAAGCCCAACGAGUCAAACGUGACGAUUCUGGGACGCUUUGAUUACAGUCAGUGUGACAUCUGGUACAUGCGCUUCUCCAUGGACUUCUGGCAGAAGAUGCUGGCUCUGGGAAACCAGGUGGGGAAACUUUAUGUGUGGGACCUUGAAGUGGAAGAUCCUCAUAAAGCAAAGUGCACCACGCUGACUCUCCCCAAAUGCAUGUCGGCCAUCCGGCAAACCAGCUUCAGCCGCGACAGCAGCAUUUUGAUAGCGGUGUGUGAUGACGCGUCGAUCUGGCGCUGGGAUCGACAGCGCUGAGCGGUUCAGACUGACUCAAAAGCGAUUUGAGUUCCUGUUGCUUUUAUCCCCAACCUGCAUCCCUGUUGUACAGAUCUACACUGCUGUUUGAGCAUUUUGUUUCCUCUGUGUGUUUGUGUGAAUGAUGUAAAAAUACUGUAUUUCCUAAAAGAAAGUGAAGAAUCGUGCCAAGGUGAGAUGAUCCUGUGCUACUCCAGGAGUUAGUUUCCACUUCCUGUUUGUCCGGUAGCAGGAACGACAGAUAUUUCUAAGAUGUUUAAGGACAAGGAACAAAAACAUCAGUGAUUAUCUGAGAUUUUUCCCUUUAGAUGAUCAUGAUGGAGCCACAAAAGCGUAAGCAAUAUGUUGGUGAAAUAAUCAGCAUCGGCAGAACAAAGUUCAUAAAUUAAUCACUAACACCAUUUUAAGGCUUUGAGACGAGAGGAAAUGUUGGUAUUUCAGGCACCUGGCAGAUCUAUCACUCAUUUUAGGGGAAAAAAGCUUUUAAGAAUAAAUGUGAUGGAUGGCAGUGUGACAUAUUUUAUAUCCAAAAUGAAGAUUUUUCUCCUUUUUUCUCCGCUUAUUUUAACAUUUCCCACAUUCCUUUUCAUAUUUUUUAAUGCCCUCUUGGUUUGCUCACCCCCCUCCUCACAAACACACACCUUUGACUGUUGCAUCAUUGACAUUUGAGGCUUUAUUGAGUGCAGUCAAUAAAAUGAUUUUUGUAAAUAUACAUUUACUAAAGAGUCAGUUUGUGCAGUUGAAAAUGUUCCACUUUUGUUUGGUGAAUAGUUAAAUGAGAUUGUGCUGGGAGUGUUUUUUUUUUUUUUUUUUUUAGCUCCAGAGAAGUUGACAUUUGGAUGAUUGGAUUUUUACAGCAAAGUAAAGUUGAAAAGUUCGAGUUAAUCUCUUAAAACAAAAGUCUCUUAAAAUAAAAGUCUGCUGAAGAGGAGGGAAGUGGGGUCCUUUUGCCUCUAUGGAGUGCUUGUAUUUGAAUUUACCUGGACUUAAAUAAAACUUAUUUUUCUACACA